AUGCAUUCCAAGGAACCGGGUUACAAGUUUUUGAGGCAGGACUGUGAACCAUCUGGGGAUCUAUUGCCUUCAUUUGGGGCUUAUUUUGAUAAAAGCGAUUCUGGUCUUUUUAGUUCAAGUUACCAAAGAUAUGCUUCAAAAUCAGUUUUGCAACGAUUGUUUUCUUCAGAAAGUUUCGGAAACAUUUCUUGUAAAUCAGAGAGAGUUCGGUAUAUUGGUCAACAAGCAGUUCAAUGGUUCCCAGGGCAUAUGCGUAAAGGCAUGGAUGUCAUUCAUUCUAAAAUGCCACUUGUUGAUGUCAUUAUCGAAGUUCACGACGCAAGGAUACCUUUCUCCGGUAGACCUGAGAUUUUUCAGAAGUUUGAAUUGAAUCGUCCUACAAUUUUGUUGAUGAACAAAAUUGACUUGGCCGAACCAAUUAGUGAUCGGCAGGCUCAUACAAAUCGAAUUGUUGAGGAAUCACGUAUUAUUAAACGUGGUCCACUUGAAGUAUACUAUACUCAGCUUAACGCACCUGAAAAGCAGAAGGGGAUUUUGAAACGACUAAUGUCCAGUUUACCUCAUUUAGCUACUACCUCAGGGCAUCCUGCCAAUUCAGUUAUAACAGUUAUGGUCUUAGGUAUUCCAAAUAGUGGUAAAAGUACACUGAUUAAUGUUCUACGAAGUAUUGGGCAGGGAGGUCCUGGGGGUGCAGCAAGAGUUGGACGCACAGCUGGUCAAACUCGUUCUGUGGGUCAUCCGAUCAUUUUGUACAGAGGAAACUCAAGUCAUAUUUCGGAUGAUACUGAUGACAGUGUAAUGGGUCUCACUGACUACAAAAUUCAGGUGUUUGAUACACCUGGUGUCCUAGAGCCUCGUGCUCGAACUUUAAGUGAACGACUUAGCCUUUGUGUUUGUGGAGCUGUGGAUUAUUCAUCUCUUCAACCAGAAGUACUAGUGGAUUACUUGUUAUUUUGGUUGAAUCGUCGUCAACGUACAGAAUACGUUUCUCUUUUUGAUUUACCUGGUCCUACCACUGAUGUUAACGAAUUAUUGAUCAGCGUGUGCUUUAAAAACAAAUUUUUCCUGACUGUAUCUAAACCAAGUUGGUUACCUAACGAAAUAGAAACUUCAGAUGAGUUAUUUAAAAGUAAUAUCACUCAAAAGAUGGCUAUACCUGAUAUUAAACGUGCUGCCUUUCAUAUCCUUAGCUUAUUUAAUAAAAGAUAUUUUGGUCCAGUUACUUUCUUACCUGAGGAUGAAAAGUUAGCGGAUAAUUUCUUUCAUCUUGCUUAG